AUGGCCGGCGCUCCGGGAGGCUGGUACAAGCCCAUGUUUGGGUUCCACCCGCACAAGCCUGCAUUCCACCACCGCUGGACCGCGAAACUGCUGGGUGCUACGAUGUGGUUCUGGAUCUUUUACCGUAUGAAGGAGGACGGACCGGUUCUGCUAGGAUGGCGCCACCCUUGGGACCACCACGGUGACCACCAUGAAGAGCACCACUAG